AUGGAAGAAAUUUUCUUGUUUUCAAAAUGGUUUUACCGCGGUGAAGGAAACAAUACAUUGGUUAUUUAUAGUCCAGAAAACAGGACGGUUCUACGUCUUCCGAAAUCAAAUGUGUGUCGCGCAAAAGAGGAAACGUCCUUACUCUACUGGAGGGCAAAAACUCUUCAAAGUUUACAGAAAGGUUUGAAAUGGGCGAACAAGUUUUUCCCACUUAUAGGUGCUGAGUACGUUCAAAAUGGCUCGAUUAUUGAACUUCCCGAUAGUUUUAUUAAAAAUAUAACAGAUCUCAUCACGUCUAGCAACGAAGAAAGACCAAAAUAUCGCCUCAUGAAGGAAGUCAGCCCGUAUAACAAAUUUGCAGUUCUCAUGCCUGACUUUUGUUUUGUUCGCAGCUAUGGUACUGAUAUCUCAAGCCCCAGGGAUAUGACCACACCCAUGAGUGCUGCUGGAAAUUUGUUACCCACAUUUUGUGUUGAAAUUAAACCCAAGUGUGCCACUCUACCCAUGUUUCGUGGAGUGGGGUGCAAGGCUAGAAUUAAAACAUCUAUAUGCAAGUUUUGUUUAACGCAAUGGACAAAAGUUAACCGAGAUGGUAAAUAUUUGCAAAGAAGUGGUUAUUGUCCCAUGGAUCUUUUUUCUGCUGAUAUUCACCGAGUCUGGCAUGCUCUGCUCUGUUUGCUUGAAAAUCCUCAAAACAAUUUGAAAAUCUUCAAAGAUGGCAUAUCAAUGUACUCUGGUGACCUGACAUCACCAUCGGAGUAUCAGCAAUGCAUUACUAGUGGUGAUAACACACUACCAUUCAGUAUUAUGACAUCACAAUACAAGAAACUAUUGAUCCAACUUGAGGAAGAUCUUAAUAAUACACUUAUCAGUGGCCAAGUCUUUGGAACAAAUCUUGACCAUUCGCUAGAAGAUGGCAUUAAUCUUAAUUCAACAAUUUUUCUCCUUUCCACCUUGCUACAAUUACUUAUACAUGAUUCCAACCAAAACACAACAGAAGAUGUAUCUGAAAGUGAUCAAAUUCCUCAAAUUUGCAAAGGAAGUCGGUACUUGAGAAGUAAAAAUAGUAAAAGCAUUCCGGAAGAACUUGUUUCUAAAAACCUUUCCUUUGGAAACUAUGGUGUUUUUCAGAGGAUCUUGAAUGUACAAAAAUUGGAUGAAAUUGGCAGUAAUGAGGCAUUGCUCAUCUUCAACAAUCUCUGUGAAAAAGGUCAUCGAGAUAAUGUAGACUUUUGCCUGGAAAAUGCCAGAAUGCAUACCAGUGAGAAUGAUGUUAACAAGUCCACUAAUGGAAUGACAUUAAGGUUUGAAAAGCCUCCAAGGUUGAACCAAAAUGCCAGAAGACUUCAGGGUGAACAUCAAUAUCAUGCUAGUGAAGAAAAGGAAAUGGAAGCACUCAUUAAAUAUCUUAUUUCCGCCAGUUCCAAGGAUUGCUCUGUGAUGAUAUCAUUUCAGGAAAUCACUCAAGGCAAUACAAACUACAAGAAAUGCUUUAAGGAAGUCUUCAGUGGAAAGGUUUUUAAUUAUUCAAUUGCUGUUGUAGAUUUGGAUUUCAAGGGCAGUGAGCGCAUACCCAAAUAUUAUCAAGAAGAUGAAGAUAUUGUUGACAACUAUUUUCACUUCAAUACCUAGUGUAUGAAAAAUUUGCCAACUUGUUAACUCCAGUAUAUUCAGCGGCCUCAGCUCUGGCAACUCACUGCUUUCUCCCAGUCUCCAUUAUCUUUACUAUAAGUCGUGAUGAAAUCAAUACAGAGAACGUGAAACAGUAAUGAUUGCGAUGUUAGAUCGUUAGACGUUGUUCAGCAUUGUUAGACGUUGUUUAACAUUGCAGUCGUUAGACGUUGUUCUUCAUUGUUAGACGUUGCUUAACAUUGCAGUCGUUAGACGUUGUUCUUCACUGUUUUACAUCGUUGGACGUUGUUCAAACUGGUUUGGCGUCGUUAGACGUUGUUCUUCACUGUUUUACAUCGUUGGACGUUGUUCAAACUGGUUUGGCAUCGUUAGACGUUGUUCUUCACUGUUUUACAUCAUUGGACGUUGUUCAAACUGGUUUGGCGUCGUUAGACGUUGUUCUUCACUGUUUUACAUCAUUGGACGUUGUUCACCUUGUUUGGCAUCGUUAGACGUUGUUCAAACUGGUUUGGCGUCGUUAAACGUUGUUGAACGUUGUCCUUAUGGCUUCGUGCAGUUCUUUCUAACCAUGGAACUUUAACCAGAAAUAACAUUCAUAUAUAGAGUAAUAAUAACAUUAUAUUGUUUAUAAUUUUCAUCAUUUUACAUCGGCAUAACACACGGAAAGUCCAUUCUAUUAAAUCAAAGUUAAAGUAAA